AUGGAUUUAAACUUGACGCUCUCGGGGCGCGACUUUGGCGCUCUGGCGCAGAGACUCUUUGAGAAUAAUUCACUGUUUUCGUUUGAUAACAGCACCGCCGCUUCUAAAACGGAGGAGGAAGAUUUGGAAGUCAACACGGACGUUUACUCCAAGGUGAUAGUCACUGUCAUCUACGUGACUCUGUUCGCGGUGGGCUCUCUGGGGAACUCCGUCACCCUGUACACCCUGCUGACCAAAAAGACCCUGAAGAACCUGCAGAGCACUGUGCACUACCACCUGGCCAGCCUCGCGGUGUCCGACCUCCUCAUCCUCGUCCUCUCCAUGCCCAUUGAGCUCUACAACUUCAUCUGGUUCCACCACCCGUGGGUGUUCGGGGACGCUGUGUGCAGGGGUUACUACUUUCUCCGGGACAGCUGCUCCUACGCGACGGCUCUCAACAUCGCCAGCCUGAGCGUAGAGCGCUACAUGGCCAUCUGCCACCCGUUCAAAGCCAAGAGCAUCAUGUCCCGCAGCCGCACCAAAAAGCUCAUCAGCGCAAUGUGGAUCGCGUCCUUCGCGCUCGCCACGCCGAUGCUCUUCAUCAUGGGGCAGGUGGUGCGUAAAGGCGAGAAGAUUUGCACCGCUAUCGUCUCUCCUUUCACCAUGAAGACUGUGCUUCAGGUGAAUGCGUUCCUGUCUUUUGUGGUGCCCAUGGUGGCCAUAUCGGUGCUGAACGGAGUCAUAGCCAAUCAGCUGCUGCGGAUGUUUCGCGAGGCGGAGCAAGACAACCGUGUCUGCAUCAUCGGGGGAAAUCCCACCAUGCUGAACGUCACCGUGGAGUCCAACCGCGCUCAGUCACUUCGCCAUGGAGUUCUCGUUCUCCGAGCCGUGGUGAUAGCCUUUGUGGUCUGCUGGCUGCCCUAUCACGCUCGCCGCCUCAUGUUUUGCUACGUCUCUGAGUGGUCCGAUGACCUGUACGACUUCUACCACUACUUCUACAUGCUCACAAACGCCCUGUUCUACGUCAGCUCCGCCAUCAAUCCCAUCCUCUACAACCUGGUAUCAGCAACCUACCGCCAGAUCUUCUUCUCCACGCUGCGCUACUUUUGUGUCCCCUGCCGCCAUGCGCCCCGGAGGCAUCCGCAUCCAUUGACCCGCCACUCCAUCAGCAUCUCCAGCAACCACACCCUCCCCACCAACAUCAUCAAGGAGACGGCCUACUGA